CGGUGGGACAUUCGUCUGUCGUUCAAUCGUAGCUAGACUGCGAGAGGCUGCAAUCUACACACCGUCUUUAAAGUCCUCGUCUCCGGCUCUUUGCUUUCCGACAGAAUGUACAUAUCUGCUCCUGCGCCAUUCGCUACUGCUAUACUCUUGCCCGAAGGACGAGACUCCUCUGGAUUUGAUGCCGAUUAUUCUUGAUUGAUCAUUUAUAAUAUAUUAUCAUAUUCCAUGUUAGCUUAGCUGUUCAUACCUCCCUCGCUAAUUGAUCUAUACAUAUACACUUCCGCGGCAGCCUGCCGCACCGGCGAGAUGGCCUACUUGGAGACGCUCAAAAUGCUGGACCCCAUGUGGGUAAUCGGGGUCAUCAUGCUUUCAAUGAGCACAGUGUAUUUCAUCACGAAUAAAGCACAGCGUGUUGCCCUCUUCGAUCGCGUCAGCUUCCGUGGCCGCAAAGCCUCGACGGCCGCUACACCACCGCGUUCGCUAUCCCCCGAGAAGAAAGGCAGUACAGCUCCUGUAUCACCGCCGAGCUAUAGCGAUACUCUACCGCCUCAGCGCCGGGAGGUUCUUCCAAUUCUUGCGAAAGAACUGCCCGACACGCUGGGAAAAUUGCCCUGCAGGGCUGUCAGCGAGGAGGAAGUCAAAAAACACAUCCUCCCGAUGACCGCGAACUAUAUGACGAGUGAACCGAACAAAUAUACCCCAACUGGCUUCUCGGCGGAAGAGAUCCGAGCUAUGGGAGAUUUCCCAAACUAUGCGGAACUCAGUGGUGUACCUUUACCACAGGCUUAUGCUGAAUUCGAUAUUGAUAAGGCUCGCCCACGACCUUAUCGUCCGUUUAGAUGGGCCUAUCACCAGACAAUGUCGUUGAAGAAAAUGGAACCCGACUGGUGGAUCGAAUUCGAAAACACCUACAAGGAGCGACUCGCGCAGCGAAAAGCCCUAUACGCAAAGCACGGCAAAGCCGUGCUCGAUUACCUCCCCGGCUCCGAACUCGCAUGCAAAGAACUCAUGGAAAUGGUCCUUCAAUUCAUCUGCGCUCGCUACCCGCAGUAUUUCAGUCUAAUCGACAAGCGGAUUUUCAAGAACCGGAUCCUAGGCACCGAAGUCGUUAUCAAGAGCAAGCAUCCGCUGGAGAUCCUCAUGGAUAAUGUCCCCGAGGACUUUGGUAUCGUGCUGCGUGACGAUCAGACGGGGUUCUAUUUCUUCCGUGCUGGUGUGAUCUGUUCGUCGUUGGGAUGGAAUGUUGCCACGAAGAUUGGGAUGCAGUUGCAUGAGAUUCAUGCCCCUAUUCCGGAUUAUAAGGAGAAAAUGCAGUUUUCUAUGGAUCGCUUCUUCUCCAAAAUGCCCACCGACAAACCCAUCCAACGCGGCUCCUGGGGUCUCGAAGUCGACCAGCCUCUCUUCAUGCCUCCCGGCGACCCUCACGAAGCCCUCCGAAGUGUCCAAAACCCCAACCUUCGUCUCGAAGACUGCCACCUCCGGGUAGACUGGCAAACACUACGCCGCCUCCCUCUCUCGGCCGCCAUCGUAUUCAAUUUCAAAGCCCUCUUCACGCCCGUUACGGAAUUCCGAAACGAGCCAUGCAUCCCUGCUCUAGUGGCUACGUUGCUGAAAGAAGGGAAAAAGAGCCUCAUGGAGUAUAAGAGUACAUGGCAUGUGGAACAUGUUGUUUUGCCGAAGAUGGAAGAGUGGAGUAAGGAGCAGGAGGAGAAUGGGCUCAUGGAGAAAGGGUGGAAGGUUGAGACGCUGGAUGAGAGUCCGUGGUUUAAGGGGUGGGAGGAGAAAUGGCAUCGGCAGCAGGGGUAUUAGGUUGAUGAAUUUUGGUUUGGUUAUCAGGGAUUAUUUCAAUGAUGAGGGGGAAAAAUGAGAGGAAUGGAACCAUGAUGACGAUUGACGUUUGGUUCUUAUUGCAAUGAAGAAUAUACCGGAUUCGUUUGUUUGUAUAGGUGGCUAUUUUGUAGGAGUCGGGGACUUCUCGAUACCAUUUUGGUACUUGUCUUUUGUGUACUGCGUCAAAUAUGACUAUGGAAUAUGGAUAUAUUAUAUUUCCAGUGAUAGAUAUCUAGAACAGGGUAUAUCUAUAUAAGCAGAAGCUUCGUCUCCACUUUUGGUGAAUCAGCUCCCUGAUAUUUGCUAAAGAGAUCCCCUCUGCUCGACAAUCCUUUCACGGCGCCACCUGUCAUGUACAGUAAGUACAUCGGACCAUUGUUCGCUUCUGCGUUCCAG